UACACUAGGGUUCUUCCUGUUUGCAUGGUUUUGUUGAACGAGGGCCGCUCAAGCGUGGGCGGAGGCUUCCAAGUGAAAUCUAUGGUCGCUUCUUCCUUUUCCUCGCACAUUUAGCGUGUCUAGUGUGUGCGCUCUACCUCGUUCAACGCUCUUUCUCUCACCUACCGUUCUUCCACAAAGGCUGCCGCGCGCGUGCGCUCUACAUUUGAGAGAUCUCUCCUCGCCUUGGGGGCGAGAUUUUGGAUUCGCGUUCGCAGAUCUGGGAGGGAUCGCUCGGCAAGUCCAGAGAGCUAUGGCCUCGGCGACUUCCAUCGGUGCUAGAUCCGUGUGCUGGUCCUCGGAGGAACUACUUGCUGGGAGAUCGUCAUGGAGCCUUGGAAGCACCAGUAGAGUGAGCUUUCUCAGCAGAAAUCCUCCAAAGGCUAUGGCUCUCAACCUCAAGAAGAAGAACGCAAAGUUCUUCCUCCAAAUUCGAGCUGUGUCUUCCACUCCAACCAUAGCUGACGACACUCCCUCGUCUCCAACAUCGACAAGCGAAUCUGCAUUGAUCCUCAUCCGACAUGGUGAAUCGCUGUGGAACCAGAAGAAUCUUUUCACGGGAUGUGUAGACGUUCCACUUUCUCGUGAAGGUGUCGAAGAGGCAAUUGAAGCAGGCAAGAGAAUUUCGAAUUUGCCAGUUGAUGUGAUCUUUACGUCCGCUUUGAUUCGAGCUCAAAUGACCGCCAUGCUUGCCAUGACUCAGCACCGCAUGAAGAAGGUGCCCGUGAUUUUGCACAACGAAAGCAGCCGAGCAAAUUCCUGGAGCACCGUAUUCAGCUCGAAGACGAAGAACGAAACGAUCCCAGUUUUUACUGCCUGGGAGCUCAACGAAAGAAUGUAUGGCGAGCUCCAGGGACUAAACAAGAAAGAGACCGCCGAGAAGUAUGGCGUCCAAAAGGUCCAGGAAUGGAGACGAAGCUACGACGUUCCUCCUCCAAACGGAGAGAGUUUGGCUAUGUGCGCUGAGAGAGCCGUGGACUAUUUUUGCAGAGAGAUCGAACCACAGCUUUCCAGUGGCAAGAACGUUUUGAUCGCUGCGCAUGGAAAUUCUCUACGAUCGAUCAUCAUGUAUCUCGACAGCCUUACACCACAAGAGGUGAUUGAACUUGAGCUUUCGACUGGAGUCCCAAUGCUCUACGUGUUCAAGGACGGCAAAUUUUUGCGGCGUGGAAGUCCCAUAAGCCCCGAUUCCACUGGUCCAUACGCAUUUACUCCAGAUUUGGCACUGUAUCGUGAGAGGCUGGACAAAAUGCUAGAGCAAGAGACGAAAACCAUGGAAGAGAUUGCAGAAUCAGAAAAUUGAGCUACUGUGUAAAAGAUUUUAUCCAAUUUUCAAUGGUAGCUUUCCGUUUGAUCAAAUAAAAAGUAAGGGUUCGUGGUUAUUAA